CUCACCACUCAAAAUUGAAGAAACACUGCCUUUGCCGCCAAAAAUAGCACCAAAAGAAAGAGAGAGAUCUCAAUUCAGAGAGGCCAAAAGAGUAACAGAGAGACGAACCUAUGCAAUCCAAAAUAAGCUCCUUCUUCAAGUCCCCUUCUUCUUCUUCUUCUCCGCCAAAAUGCCUCCAAGAAGACCCACCUUCUUUUUCGGACGUUGACUUGGCUAUAUGGCAGAAUUCCCAGCACCAAUUUGUCAAUACUUACGCACGUCGAGCCGCCCCAAAAUUAAUUCUUGGGGACCAGAGGAGUGAAGGAAAUAAAGGGCAACGGAGUGAGGUGUUGCCUAAACCAAUAUCAAAAGAUCCGUGUUCGAAACCAGAAACAGAGGCUUGUGGGAAAGUGCUUAACAAGAAGAGAAGCUAUGCACAGUUUCAUCUAGACUUAGGUCAAUCUGAUUUCAAUCUCCGUGCAUGUUCAACAUGUGGGGUUAAAUAUGCACCGGGUGAUGAAGGAGAUGAGAAGGAACAUAAAAUCUUUCACAAGAAUUACACUCAUGGAAUUCAAUUCAAGGUUUUUCGGAGCGAAAGGGUUGUGCAUAUGCCUUGUAGUGAAGCGGGGCGUAUUGUUUUGGUGCUGGAUUCUGAUCCUCCUGCACUGAGAAAUAAGCUACAGGAGGUUAUACAGAUGAUGGAGAUUGAGCUUGGAGAUGGAUGGAUUUUUCAUAAGCUUUGUAAGGUAUAUGUAUUUGUUUCUUCCCAGAGAGUAGCUGGUUGUCUAGUUGCUGAACCAAUAAAAGAAGCAUUCAAAGUUCUUACAUGUUCGGUGGAUGAAAGACCUAAAUGCGCUGCUAAAAAGAAUUCAAGACCAAACUCCACAACUCUCCAAUUUGGUGAAGUCAUCUUACAAAGGGAAGCCAUGAGAAAAGUUACUGCAGUUGAUUCUCUUAACGUAUUAAAUGGGAACCACAAUGGAGCUGUUGUUUGUGAAGAGGAAGCUGUACCUGCUCUCUGUGGCAUCAGAGCAAUCUGGGUUACUCCCUCUAACAGAAGAAAACGCAUUGCAAGCCAAUUACUGGAUGCUGCGAGGAGAAGUUUUUGCAUGGGUGUUGUUCUCGAACAAUCUCAGUUGGCAUUCUCUCCACCAACCUCAGCUGGGAAGGCAUUGGCAUCUAGUUAUGCUGGCACUACAUCAUUCUUGGCGUACAAACCUAAAAAUGUGGGCAGUUAAAUGUUCCUCCUACAUGGGUAGGAUGUUUAUUGUUCGUUUUACUUAGUUUCCUGAAUUUUGAUGUUUUUAUUAAUGAUAUUACACUAUGGCCUUAGUGAAGUUCAAAUGAACUGGAAAACUUACUUUGCA